AUAUCGUAAUGAGCGUGAUGCCGGGUACAAAGUAUGACAAAUAAAUCGGAUAAUAGUCAGAUAAGCGAACUGCCACAAUAUAAACGUACGUGUUUCUCGGUCGACUGUUGACAAGUAACUAAAAUUAUGAUUCUGGUGAUAAUAAUUCCAGUACAAAUAACAUUAAUUCUCUGUCUAAGAAAUCUUGUGUUGAUAAUAUGCUCAUUACUCCAUCAAAAAAUAUACGAACAUUAGUCAAAUCACCAUCAAAAACUCCAGUUUUUGAAUCUAUUGAUGAUAAUUUCUGCAUGGUGAAAAAUGUGUCACCUUAUAGAAGAAAUAAACAUUUUGUACUUUCUCCUAAUAAUUUGGCAAGAGCAGAAAAAAACAAAAAGAGGAAUUUAUCUGAAUCUCCUAGAAAAGUAUAUCCAUCUCCUGAAACUUUUCAAUCACUAUUAGAAAAUAAACAAAAAACGCCUCCAAAACCAAAUAAAUUAAAAAAUUCUUCAGAAGAUCAAUUUAAGGAACUCAUUUUAUACAAUCUUUUAGUAUUGAAACACAGCAUUAGAAACAUCAAUGAAAAAUUGACAUUGGUUGUCAAAAGGCAGAUUUCACACAAUUAUAAUGUUGAAGAAUCUAAUGAUCUUACAUUAGAAUAUUCUAAUUUGGACUGCUUAUUACCAAUUGAUGAAGAAGAUACAUUAGACAAUAUAGAAGAAAAGAUAAGAAAUACCAUGCAUCAUUGACUAAAAGUUAGCUGGACUUGGCGGAAAAAGUAUCAAAGUCAUGGUCAAAAGAAUCAUGGGAUAUUUGUUCACUGACAACAUCUUAGCCUUAUAUUCUUUUAAUGGCAGAGCAAAUAAAAAAAAAUGUUUUGCAAACCUAUCAAUUUCAAAAGUUAUAUAUUAUGUUAUGCUGUUAAAUCAAUUAAACGAUUGAAUAAUGAAUCAUCGACCGAUGAAAUUGAAAAAUACAUUAAGUAUUAUCUCAUUUAAGCACCAUUCAACAUAAAAAAGAAAAAAGAAAUGUUCCAUUGAAUAUGAAUAUCAUUUAAUUUUGUAAUUAUUAUGUACAAUAUAAUAUAGCUAGGCUAGGUUUGCCUUUUAGUUAUAUCAUAUUUCAACUAUAUAUACUAUUAUAUUAUAUUCUAAAUAAAUGUAUAGGUACAUUAUGUUUUACUAUUAUUAUAUUGUUAUAGGGCCUAACAAUAUAUGUUGAAUUACAUAUUCAAUACAUUAAAUAUUUUGAAUAUUUUUGAAAUAAUAAAAAAUG